UUCGCGGAACGUCAGUCGUGUCGCGCCGCAGCUGAGAUUGACAGCCAGUGUUGACGUGCGCGCUUUAUUUAUUACGGCUACGAAAUGUCAUCUAAUAUAAUUAGCGAUAAAUAUCCAAAUGAUGUGAAGUUGAAUAGUUUUAGUGCAUUUACUGAUAAAAGUUUGGCGCCGAUAAAUGGGAGGUAUAGAUCGAAAAGUUUGUCGAGUGAUAAGUUGAACAAAACGAAUGCGGAUCGAGCGGCUAUAUUGGAAGAUAUCGAAGACCAUCACGUUUCAGAGAAGUCGGAGACUCCAGGCUGUCUGGUCGGCAAUAGAGUUUCGGAUCAAGGAGGUCACAACACUAUGAACGGGUUCAAUUCAAAAGAGGGCAAAGUAUCGUACGGCACAGACAGCCCAGCUCGGGGUCGGAGAGUCAUAUUCUGUGUGCACGGCAACCCAUCGACAGGGUGUUGUGCGGUCAUAGAAACCAGUGCUGACGGAGAAGAUGGAGAACAGCGCAAUGGAAGCAUAUCGGAGGUUGAAAGACAUUGCCACAGAUCGAGGAAUGAAGAAAUAGACAAAAGGGCGCGAAGAAAGUUGAUCAUAGCCAGUAUACUAUGUGUUAUAUUUAUGAUAGGAGAAAUUGUAGGUGGUUACUUGUCAAACAGUUUAGCGAUAGCCACGGAUGCUGCCCAUCUGCUCACAGACUUCGCUAGUUUUAUGAUAUCUCUGUUCUCAUUAUGGGUGUCCAGCAGGCCAGCAACAAGACGCAUGCCCUUCGGCUGGUACCGUGCAGAAGUGAUCGGAGCCCUAACAUCGGUGCUUCUGAUCUGGGUGGUGACUGGGGUGCUGGUGUACAUGGCAGUCCAGAGGGUUAUAUACAAGCAGUUCGAGAUAGAUGCCACUGUCAUGCUUAUCACCUCCGCUGUGGGCGUUGCUGUUAAUCUUGUCAUGGGUCUGACGCUGCACCAGCACGGACACUCGCACGGCGGCGGCGGCGGACACGGACACUCGCACGGCAGCAGCAAUCCCGUGCUUAAUAAUAAGAAGGAGCGAGCAGACUCCGAUGCUGAGAGUUCCAAUUCUCACUCUCACUCUCACCAACAAGAGAACAUCAACGUACGCGCCGCCUUCAUCCACGUGCUCGGAGACUUCCUGCAGAGCUUCGGAGUACUCAUCGCCGCCAUCGUCAUCUACUUCAAGCCGAGUUGGAACCUGGUAGACCCGAUCUGCACAUUCCUGUUCUCCGUGUUGGUGCUGAUCACCACAUUCAACAUCAUCAAGGAUACCCUGUUAGUGCUCAUGGAGGGAUCGCCUAGGGGUGUAGAUUUCCAGGAGGUAGCGAACACUUUCUUGUCUCUUCCCGGAGUAGUACGUAUACACAACCUGCGCAUGUGGGCGUUAUCGCUAGACAAAACUGCACUGUCCGCGCAUUUGGCUAUCCGUACUGGAGUGAGUCCCCAGAAAGUUCUAGAAGAAGCCACCAGACUAGUUCACGAUAAAUACAACUUCUUCGAGAUGACGCUACAAAUCGAAGAGUUCAAUGAUGGCAUGGAAGACUGUAGUCAGUGCAAGAUGCCUCAAGCUUAAAUGUUGGUACACAGGUUUUAUCAUGGAGAACAAAAUGACUAGCGGAUAUGCCAUAACGAAAAAUCUCCUAAGAAAAUAUUGCGCCAAAAUGCGGGGGACGGGGAACAUUACUAGCUCCGCCCUCUUAUGCCUUCUUUGGAACUCGCCCAUUUUUUUCAAAAUAAAAUCACAAAUCAAUCACGACCAAUCUGUCAAAGAUUGUCUAGGGUCUCGAACGCCUCGUAAGUUCUAGUAACUGGUCGUUUUGAUCACUGUGCCUUGCUUGACCUACAAGAAGGCGCCUGACCUACCUUCCUUAUGGCAUCUCCGCUCAUCUUUCCUCCCUCCGUGGCUUUUGUAAAUAAAACUGUUCGUUGGCGUGGUUAGGUUGGCAGCGUGGAAUCAAUGCAAAAAGGUUUUAUAUCUAAUCGGUGCUAAGAAGGUGCUGUAUGAUAUCGUGAAAAUAUUAACAGUACAUAUUUUAAGGUACUGUGCUAUAAAUUAUUCAUGAAGUGAUACAAAGACAAUAUUUUGCUCACUUAAAAUUAUUCAUUGAUUGAUUCUUUAGUGCAAUAAUUACAAAAAUUAAGUAGCUCGAAAAUUAACUGCCUUAAAGUUAUAUUCGCAUAUAACUCCCCAGUCACGCCAACUUCUUAUAAGAAAAGUUCCAUCUAUUUUAUUAACAACGCACUGCGUUCAACAGUAUUUAUUAUAUUUACCUAGGGCUGAUUUUUCAAUCAUCAGUUAACCUCUAUCUGAAGAAUAAAUAUGGCGGUUUGGCAUAUUUUCCAUACAAAAGCUGUCAAAACGUUAAAAAUAUUCCUCUGAUAAAAGUUAUCUGGCGAUUGAAAAAUCAGCCCUUAAAUAACAACCACCUGGUUCGUAGCAUAUCUUAAAUGUUACUAAGUUGUUGAAAAUGUAUGGAAAUCCAAGUAUUUUCGUCUAAUUUGGGCUCUCAAAUCAUAGCGAAUUUACGCAUCAAACGUUGCAAUGUUGUGCCUUAAGUUAUCAUCGCCAAUUUAGUGUAUAAAAAACUAUUUUAAACUUAAGAAAAAUAUGUAUUAAGAAAAUCCAAUCGGAUACAAAUAAAAAAACAUAUAAGCAAUGUCUUCCUAAGAGAAAAUAUGGCCUGUAUAGUAAAAAAAUAGUUAAUAGUCUGUGAGGCUAAAGCCAAAAAUAUUUAGAGGCUAUUAACCAGUUUUACUACUUUUAUCUAAGUACCAGAUAGUUCAGAAUUUGGAAGGAUUUAUGUAUUAAAGUAAUGAAGAUAUUAAUUUUGGAUAUUACUUCUUACUCUGUAUUUUUACUCCAAAGAUAAUAAAAUGUUAAUCAUAAGUUACUAGUUUGUCCCACGGCCUGAAUCGGCUGUAGAAUAAAAGGCAUUCCUAAAUAUAAUUUUUGUUGUUCCCAGAGUGCAGAGGUUUAAUUAUAAUGUAUGCACCUACAGUUGGGAGUGUUGAGCAUUUUAAUCUUGUAAUCAAUAAAUAAAUGCAUCAAGAUUUCUAGAUUUUUAUGAACUUUUAAAAAAAUAACGUUUGUUUUUAAGGUUUACCAUACAGAAAGAUAUUCUUAUGUCAAAAUCAUGUUCAAAGUUAUCAAGUUUUCCAACUUGGUUAAAAUCCGAAUUUAUGACUAGGAGUGUAUGUAUAAAAUACUAUUUAAAGUUACUUCAAGUGUUAUUUGUAUAUAGCGUAAUAUUUAUUAGUAAGUAGAGUUUACAGUGUCAAGUUAAAUCGUGUAAACUGUUAAAUAAUUAUAAGCGAUUCCAGUUUGGAUAAGUUAAAUCAAUAAAUGAAUACAUUUUGAAAA